AUGCCACUGUCCCGUUCUUUGUCCAUGACGUCCCUGAGUGGGGUGCUGCCGGCCUGGGAGGAGGAUGAGCUGCCUGUGGAGGACCUGUUACUCUUUGAGGUGGCCUGGGAGGUCACCAACAAGGUUGGAGGAAUCUACACUGUGAUCCAGACCAAGGCUAAGAUCACAGCGGAUGAAUGGGGGGAGAACUAUUACAUGAUGGGACCGUACUUCGAACAAAACUUCAAGACCCAGGUGGAAGCCUGCGAGCCCCCAAACCCCAACAUCAGGAAGGCCAUGGAUUCUCUGAUCCACAAUGGCUGCCAGGUUCAUUUUGGCCGCUGGCUGAUCGAGGGCAGCCCCUACGUGAUCCUGUUCGACAUUGGCUCUGCUGCCUGGAACCUGGACCGGUGGAAGGGGGACCUGUGGCAGACCUGCAACAUUGGCCUGCCCUACCAUGACCGAGAGGCCAACGACUCGCUCAUCCUGGGCUCCUUGAUCGCCUGGUUCUUCAAAGAGCUGACGGACAACCUCGGAGACAAACCAAAUGUCAUUGCUCAUUUCCACGAGUGGCAAGCAGGACCUGGGCUUAUUCUCUCCCGCUCCCGCAAGAUUCCCAUGGCAACCGUAUUCACAACACAUGCCACCCUGCUGGGACGAUACCUGUGCGCUGGGAAUGCUGACUUUUAUAACAACCUGGACAAGUUCAACAUUGACAAGGAGGCAGGUGAGAGACAGAUCUACCAUCGUUACUGUCUAGAGAGAGCUGCAGUCCACUGUGCUCAUGUCUUCACCACAGUCUCCCAGAUCACUGCUGUGGAGGCCAACCACAUGCUGCACAGGAAGCCAGAUGUAGUGACUCCAAAUGGGCUGAAUGUGAAGAAGUUCUCAGCCAUGCACGAGUUUCAAAACCUGCACUCCACCAGCAAGGCCCGCCUCCAGGAGUUUGUCAGAGGACACUUUUAUGGUCAUCUGGACUUCAACCUGGAGAAGACUCUUUUCUUCUUCAUUGCUGGACGCUAUGAAUUCUCCAACAAGGGAGCUGAUAUUUUCCUUGAAUCACUGUCCAGACUCAACUACCUGUUGCGGGUCCACAGAAAUGAUGUAACGGUGGUAGUGUUCAUCAUCAUGCCUGCCAAAACUGACAACUUCAAUGUGGAAUCACUGAAGGGGCAGGCGGUACGCAAGCAGCUCUGGGACACAGCUCACACCGUGAAGGAGAAGUUUGGAACAAAGCUGUAUGAUGCUCUGUUAAAAGGGAAUAUCCCUGACAUGAACUCCAUCCUGGACCGAGACGACUUCACCAUAAUGAAGCGAGCCAUCUAUGCCACUCAGAGACACAGCCUCCCUCCAGUGACCACUCACAACAUGCUGGAUGACUCAACAGAUCCCAUCCUGUCCAACGUCAGACGCAUUGGCCUCUUCAACUCCAGGAACGACCGCGUCAAGAUUAUCUUCCACCCUGAAUUCCUGUCCUCCACCAGCCCCCUGCUGCCGAUGGACUAUGAGGACUUUGUUCGUGGCUGUAACCUCGGAGUGUUCCCCUCCUACUAUGAACCAUGGGGAUACACACCUGGUGAAUGUGCUGUCAUGGGGAUUCCCAGUGUGACCACCAACCUGUCAGGAUUCGGCUGCUUCAUGGAGGAACAUGUUACAGACCCUGCUGCCUAUGGUAUCUACAUUGUGGACCGACGGUUCCGCUCCCCCGAGGAGUCCUGUAACCAGCUGACCCAGUUCAUGUUCAGUUUCUGCCAGCAGUCACGGCGUCAGCGCAUCAUCCAACGCAACCGCACUGAGAGGCUGUCCGACCUGCUGGACUGGAGAUACCUGGGACGGUUCUACAUACAUGCCCGCCAUCUCGCACUGAGCAGAGCUUUCCCAGAGAAGUUCAAGGUGGACCCCAUAGCUCCUCUGAAGACAGAGGGUUUCCGAUACCCACGCCCCUACUCGGUGCCCCCAUCUCCCUCAGCCUCCCUCCACUCCACCCCCCACCACAGUGAUGUGGAGGACGAUGAUGAUGACGAGCCCUACGAUGAAGACGAGGAGGCCGAGAGGGACCGGCUGAAUUUCAAGGCUCCCCUUGUGCUGGGUGCUAUGCCUGAGGGAAAGAAGAAGCAACCAGGAGAGUCAGGAAAUUGAAGAGCAGCAGAUUUUACACAGGUUUAUCCAGUCACCCAAUGCUUCUGUGAGGUGUGUACAGAACGAACACAAAAAUAAAAUGAAUAUAUGAAUCUGAUUAACUCACAUAGUGUACACUAGUGAGGGAGAGCGCACCUCCCUGCUACAGUAAACUUACCCAUCUCCACUGUACUUCUGCUGAUGCCAGGUCAAACCUUAAACUUCAUCACUUGCAUCCAAGGUUUUUUUGAAAGUUUGUGGAUUCAAAACAAGAUUUAAAAGUCUCUAAUGUAUUUUGUAGAUAGCAUUAUUUCACUGCCCUAGGUCUCAUGAGACCUGGACAGACCUGGACCAAAUGCCCUGUAGCCCAGUUUAAUUGUGGUGUUCCCCAAGGCUUUAUCCUCAGCCCACUGCUGUUUUCAGUGUAUGUGGAUGUUGUCUACAGCUACUAUGCAGAUGACACAGUCUUAUCUUCUAAUGCAAUCCAAUAAUUGUA